AUGGGGGUCAAAACUGAUUUGCAACCCGAGUAUGGAGAAAGACGUACUCGUUUGCCUCCCGGGCCUUGGAAUUUGUCAAGAGCAGAGAAGAGAGAGGUUUGCAAUUCUUUCUAUGGUAUGAAGGUCCCUGAAGGUUAUUCUUCAAAUAUAAAAAAUCUUGUAUCUUUACAAGAUUCAAGACUUCUUGGCCUUAAAUCACAUGAUUGUCAUACCUUAAUGCAACAAUUGCUCCCUGUGGCAAUUCGUUCUGUUUUGGAGAAGCCUGCAAGAGAAGUUCGUCUAUGUGGGCCAGUAGAUUUUCGAUGGAUGUAUCCAUUUGCAAAAGAUAUUGAAAGUGCUAAAGGGGUAGUUCAGAAUCGUACUUGUUACCCGAAGGUUGCAUUGCCUGAGCGGUUGCACAGUGAGCGUAUUGAUCGGGACCUGUUGAACCAAGCACAUCUAUAUGUCUUGGAGAAUACGGAGGAAGUCCUACCUUAUAUCGAGCAACAUAUGAUCCACAUCAAGACCGCUUAUCCAAAAUUUAGAAAGAGAACAAAGUGGCUGCAGGAUAAGCACAAUAGCACUUUCAUUCAAUGGCUACGCUUCAAGGUUCAAAGUGAACUUAAUGAGGAAGACAAUCAUGGCGUAUCAGAAAAUUUAAGGUGGCUAGCAGCUGGUCCAAACAUGGCAGUGCCAUUAUAUAGGAGCUAUCUUAUUAAAGGUAUUAAAUUCAACAUCAAGGCACAAGAUGAUGUGCGGACAACUCAAAAUAGUGGAGUUUAUUUACUUGCACAUACUAUGCAAGUUGCUAGUGCCAAGGAUAAAAACCCAAUUCUCUCAAAUAUGGGUUUCUAUGGUGUCAUUCAAGAAAUUUGGGACCUUGACUACCAAAAGUUUACAAUCCCAGUCUUUAGGUGUGAUUGGAUAGAUAAUACUUCUGGUCUUGUAGUGGACGAACUUGGAUUUACCCUUGUAGAUUUGAGUAAAAUUGGACAUAGGAAUGACCAAUUUGUUUUGGCUUCUCAAGUCAAACAAGUAUUUUUUGUUGACGACCCGAUGCAUCGUGGUUGGUCGGUAGUGUUAUCAAUGCCUAAUAGAGAAUAUAAUGAUGUUAUUGGUGAUGAUGUCUUAGGUGAUGUGAGAAUUGAGUGUGAGCCAUUUACUAGAGGGAUGCCAAAUGUUGACACAUUUGAUGAAGUGGUGGUUGAGUUAGGGAGUCAAAAUAUUCGAGAUGGGUGUGAAGAUAUAUGGGUUGAAUGA